AUGGCCUUCUCUCGCUCGGUUGUUUCUCUCCUGCGCACUUCCCGGCACCUUGUAUCCCCCGCUCGAGGUGUUAACCCUGUCAACAGAGUCUUUGGCCAUGACAGAUUCGCUGCCAGGGCAUAUGCUACCGUUUUCGAGCGGACCAAGCCUCAUGUGAACGUUGGUACGAUUGGUCACGUCGAUCAUGGAAAGACAACCCUCACAGCAGCUAUCACGAAAAGACAAGCGGACAAAGGCCUGGCACAGUUUCUUGAUUAUGGCAAGAUUGACAAAGCUCCGGAAGAGCGAAAACGUGGUAUCACAAUCGCAACUGCGCAUAUCGAAUACGAGACCAAUAACCGCCACUACUCGCACGUCGACUGCCCCGGUCACGCUGAUUACAUCAAGAACAUGAUCACUGGUGCUGCUCUUAUGGAUGGUGCUGUCGUGGUGGUUGCCGCUGGUGAUGGACAGAUGCCUCAAACACGAGAACAUCUCCUAUUAGCGCGUCAGGUCGGUGUCCAAAAGCUUGUUGUUUUCGUCAACAAGGUCGACACUGUUGAGGACCCUGAAAUGUUGGAACUUGUCGAAAUGGAAAUGCGCGAGCUGUUGUCCUCUUACGGCUUCGAAGGGGACAAUACCCCUAUCAUCUUUGGUUCUGCGCUCUGUGCGCUCGAAGGCACCAGGCCCGAGAUUGGCGUCGAAAAGAUUGAUGCUCUGCUGGAGGCUGUCGAUACUUGGAUCCCAACCCCCGUCCGAGACACUGAAAAGCCCUUCCUCAUGUCAGUCGAAGAAGUCUUCUCCAUCGCAGGAAGAGGCACUGUCGCCUCAGGCCGCGUUAUGCGAGGCGUGUUGAAGAAGGAUAGCGAGGUCGAGAUUGUGGGUGGUCGUGACGAGGUUAUCAAAACCAAGGUUACAGACAUUGAAACAUUCAAAAAGUCCUGCGAAGAAUCAAGAGCUGGUGACAAUUCUGGUCUUCUCCUAAGAGGUGUCAAGCGAGAAGACGUCAAGCGUGGAAUGGUGAUUGCCGUUCCCGGUACUGCCAAGGCACACCAAGAAGCGCUUGUGUCGCUGUACAUUUUGACCGAAGAGGAAGGUGGCAGAAAGUCAGGUUUCACAGAGAACUACAAGCCACAAGUCUACAUCCGGACGGCAGAUGAGGCGGCACAGCUCAAGUUCCCUGAGGGUACUGAGGACCCAAGCAAGAUGGUUAUGCCCGGUGACAAUCUUGAGAUGGUCUUGAAGACUCACCACCCAGUGGUUAUGGAAGCUGGUGAACGUUUCAACGUGCGAGAAGGUGGACGGACGGUGGCGACUGGCCUUAUCACGCGAGUCCUGAAAUAG